AUGUCAACCCACGACGAUCACGAGGAUCUCAAAGCCUCCACCACACCAGGUUAUAAGCCAACUGCUGCCAAGACAGCGGAGGAAUAUGCUCGGUUGGACGCCGAAGACGAAAGUUUGGCACGCUGGAAGGCCUCUCUAGGAAUCACCGGAGGUGGUUCUGCUCCUGCCACUGGUCCAAAAGUCACUGUUUUGUCGCUGGAAUUACAUUCGGAUACCCUUCCUCCCGGCAAGACCAUCGUUCUUGAUUUGAAAGACGGCAAGGAAACAGUACAGAAUACAAAGAAGGAGCCUAUCGUUAUCAAAGAGGGUGUAGAGUACAACGUCCGAAUUCAUUUCAGGGUCAACCAUUCCAUUAUCUCGGGAGUUCGCUACCUUCAGGUAGUGAAACGGAGUGGAAUCAAAGUGGACAAGCUAGAGCAGAUGUUGGGCUCGUAUGGUCCAUCGCCAGACGAAAAGCCAUAUACGAAGAAUUUCGAACCGGAGGAAUCUCCCUCUGGAAUGCUCGCAAGGUCAGGAACUUACGAUGUUAAAAGCCGGGUUCAGGACGAUGACGGUGAAAUCUAUGCCGACUUUUCGUGGCACUUCAAGCUCGCGAAGGAGUGGUAA